AAGGAAAGCCAGUACCAAUCCAAAGAGAAGAUGAAACCAUGGAAGUUUGCAAUCCUUCUAGUGUUUGCCAUGACCACCCUCCCUUCGCAUGCCCAAAACUCUUUGAAGGACUAUGUCGAGGCCCACAAUGCCGCCCGGGCCGAGGUUGGUGUUGGCCCAAUGAAAUGGAACUCCACCUUGGAGGCUUAUGCAAUAAAUUAUGCCAACCAGAGGGCUGGUGACUGCCAACUUAUUCAUUCGCAAGGACCCUACGGUGAAAACAUCUACAUAGGGUAUGGCAAUGGGUAUUCAGAUGGGAUCGAUGCAGUACGAUACUGGUAUAAUGAGAAGCCAUACUAUGACUAUGGCUCAAACCAGUGCUUGGGUGGUGUGGACUGCUUGCACUACACCCAGAUGGUGUGGGGCAGCUCGGUGCAGCUUGGUUGCGCUCGGGUGCAGUGCGACGGCUCCGGUGGCCAAUACUUCAUCACAUGCAACUAUGAUCCUCCUGGAAACGUAGAAGGGGAGACACCUUAUUAGAUCAAUUUGAGGUCAUUCCUUUGUGAUGGUAUAUGAUAUUAUAUAUCAUAACAUGAAAUGAUGAUGUUCCUUCUUUAUUUCAUGUAAUUAACUUCCAACUUAUUGGCUUCAUCUGAAUAAAGAGUUCGUUUUCUCUUUAAAACUAAA